AUGCAGAAAUUGCCAAAUUACAGUUGUUUGCAUGUGUGUUUCACACCUUUUUGCAUUGUGAUUCUCCUUACACAGUUCAUCAUUCUUUUUCUCUCUCUCUCACACAUUUUCUCACUUUUUCCUUUCCUUUAUCUUGGCUUCUCUUUCCUUUCUUUUAUUCUUUCUCUCUUCAUGGUGGCAAGAUUUGACCGACAACGACUGCGCUUUCUUCUCUUUCUGUCUCCUCUCUCUUUACUUACUACUUUCUCUGUCCCCUUCUCUUCCUAUUCCUCCUAUUUCUGUCUCCUCUCUCUUUACUUGCUACUUUCUCUGUCCCCUUCUCUUCCUAUUCCUCCUAUUUCUGUCUCCUCUCUCUUUUGCUACUUUUCUCUGUCCCCUUCUCUUCCUAUUCCUCCUAUUUCUGUUCUCUCUCUUUCGCCGCUUCUUUCUCUGUCCCCUUCUCUUCCUAUUCCUCCUAUUUCUGUCUCCUCUCUCUUUACUCGCUACUUUCUCUGUCCCCUUCUCUUCCUAUUCCUCCUAUUUCUGUCUCCUCUCUCUUUACUCGCUACUUUCUCUGUCCCCUUCUCUUCCUAUUCCUCCUAUUUCUGUCUCCUCUCUCUUUACUCGCUACUUUCUCUGUCCCCUUCUCUUCCUAUUCCUCCUAUUUCUGUCUCCUCUCUCUUUACUCGCUACUUUCUCUGUCCCCUUCUCUUCCUAUUCCUCCUAUUUCUGUCUCCUCUCUCUUUACUCACUACUUUCUCUGUCCCUUCUCUUCCUAUUCCUCCUAUUUCUGUCUCUCUUUACUUACUACUUUCUCUGUCCCCUUCUCUUCCUAUUCCUCCUAUUUCAUCCUCCUAUUUCUGCCUCCUCUCUCCUUUUUCUUAA